UUGAGAAGACUUGUGUUGUGUCCAGAGAAACAAAACACUGUCAAUUUUUUUUUCUCUCUCUCUCUUCUCUUUAAUUUAUUUAUUUAUAUCUCUUUUAUUUCUUGUUUUUUCCGUUGUAAUUUUACAUCGGAAAUUACCAAAGUUACCUCUUCUCCCUGUUUCCUCCCCUCUUCGUCCAUAUUUUCUCACAGUAAAAAAACAAAUACAAAACAGAGACAACAAAUAUUUUUCCGAUGGCCUAACUUGGGGGGUGAAAAUCACUUUGUGUGUCUCACCUUUCUCAAAUCCCCCCAAUCAUAAGCGCCAUUCCGAAAUCUGUUUCUUUUUGUUCUUUCUAUCUCUUCUUGAAUCAGCAAGGGAAGAAGCUAUGAUGAUUUACGGAGGAGGAGCAGGGAAGGACGGUGGAUCAACCAAUCAUACAUCAGACGGAGGAGUGAUAUUGAAGAAAGGUCCAUGGACGGCGGCUGAAGAUGAGAUACUUGCUGCGUACGUUAGAGAGAACGGUGAAGGAAACUGGAACGCUGUUCAGAAAAACACAGGCUUGGCUCGUUGCGGCAAAAGCUGCCGUCUCCGAUGGGCCAAUCACCUCCGUCCUAAUCUCAAAAAAGGCUCUUUCACCGGUGACGAAGAACGUCUCAUCAUUCAGCUUCAUGCUCAGCUUGGUAACAAAUGGGCUCGCAUGGCUGCUCAGCUGCCGGGAAGAACAGACAACGAGAUCAAGAACUAUUGGAACACGAGGCUGAAACGCCUUCAACGCCAAGGACUUCCUCUUUAUCCUCCAGAUAUUAUCCCUAACCAUCAACUCCAUCCACAUCCACAUCAUCAACAACAACAACAACAUAACCAUCAUCACCAUCAACAACAACAUCAUCAACAAAUGUAUUUUCAACCACAAUCUUCACAACCAAACACACCAUCAUCCUCACCUCUUCCAUCUCCAAGACCAUUAAACGCAAACGCAAAUUCCUCAUCAUCCUUCACUUUCCAUACCACAACCGCUAAUCUCCUCCAUCCACUUAGCCCUCAUACUCCAAACACACCGCAAACUCCUUCUCAACUCUCUUCCACACCGCCUCCACCGCCACUUUCCUCUCCUUUAUCUUCCCCUCGCAACAACCAAUACCCGACUCUUCCUCUCUUCGCCCUCCCGCGUUCCCAAAUCAACAGCAAUGACGCCAACUUCACUUUCCCUAGACCUCCACCUCUCCUUCAGCAACAGCCUUCAUCACUGCUCGCAAAAAGAUACAACAAUACUAAUACUCCCCUCAAUUGCAUCAACCGUGUCUCAACCGCACCAUUUUCCCCUGUUUCAAGAGAAUCCUACACUUCCUUCUUAACAUUGCCUUACCCUUCCCCAACCGCUCAAACCGCUACUUACAACAACACUAAUAACAAUUACUCUUCCUCUCCUUCCUUCUCUUUAAACCCUUCAUCUUCUUACCCUACAUCAACUUCUUCCCCAAGCUUUCUCCACUCCCAUUACUCUCCCUCUUCCACCUCCUUUCCUACCAAUCCGGUUUACUCCAUGAAACAAGACCAGCUCCCUUCAAACCAAAUUCCCCAAAUAGAGGCCUUCAAUAACUUCAACAGCUUCACAGACAAUGAGAGACAGAAUCAUAACCUUAACAGUUCCGGUGUUCAUAAUCAUAGAAGAAGUAGUAGCUGCAGCCUCUUAGAGGAUGUCCUCGAAGAGGCUGAAGUUUUAGCCGCAGGAGGCAGAGGCCGGCCCCUAAAACGAAGACAACUCACAGCUUCUCCUCCGAACCACCACAACAACGACAACGACAACUUCUUCUCGGUUAGUUUCGGAGAUUAUGAUUCUUCUGACAACAUAUGUUCCUUACAAGAUUUGAAAUCAAAGGAAGAAGAGUCUCUUCAUAUUAACACAAUGCAAGAAGACAUAGCUAAGCUUCUUGACUGGGGAAGUGAUAGUGGAGAAAUCUCUAAUGGACAAUCAUCUGUUGUUACUGACGACAAUCUUGUUCUUGAUGUUCAUCAUCUCGCUUCACUAUUCCCGGCUGAUUCUACUACAGCCGUGGCAACGGCAACAAACGACCAGCACAACAACAAUAAUAACAAUAAUUGCUCAUGGGACGACAUGCAGGGAUUAAGCUAGAAAAAACAAAAGUCUGAAAAGAAUCUACGGACCAAGAUCAAAAACUAACAAAGAACAGAGUUUUUUGAUCUUUGAUUCAUUGAUUGUAUUGUAUCAUCAAUUUUUUUUUUUUUUUUUUUUUUUUUUUUUUUUAAACCUGUAUUUGUUGCAAAUCUUCUGUUAUCUAUUCAA